AUGCUGCGGGUCGCUCCUCUUUCCCGGCCGCGAGCCUUUUGCGUAGCCAGAUGUGUCGUAUCUCAGAAUCGGCGAUGGGCUUCGUCUCGAGGAGGAAGAAAUCCUCCCCCAUGGCGGCCCGCAUCUACUCUGGACGAUUGGGUAGAUCGCCCAAUCCGUCCUAUUAGUCUGCGUCAGUUAUUUUUCUUUGGUCGCACGUUGACCGAAGGCCGUCUUCUCAGCUCAGCGAACUAUGUUCGAAUGGAGUUGCCUACGAGCAGGCUGGCCCAUCGACUGCGCGAGAUGCAGCGGCUUCCCUACGUGGUUGUUACAAACCCUCACCUAUCUCUAGUCUACGAACUCUACUACAAGUCUUUCGAGACUUUCCGGCGUGUACCCGUGAUUAGGACACUUGAAGAGAACGACGAGUUUUGCAAGCUCAUAAGUGACAAUCUGAAAGAGCACUUGGCGGUCAUACCAAAUCUGGUCAUGGGCGUUCUCGAGUGUCAGGACCUGGUUUCACCGGAUACGAUGGACCAGUUUGUGCAGGCGAUGCUCCGCGCCCGUAUCUCUAGGCGAGUCAUUGCCGAACAGCAUCUUGCCCUGACAGACACCUUCGACUCGCCAUGGCACGUUCCUCAGAUCAGUUCUGAAAAUGAAUUCGUGGGCGAAGUCCUUCUACGGUGUAACGCGAAAGAAAUCAUUGAAAGAUGUGGUCGAUUCACUCAGGACAUCUGCAAGUCCUCUGCCGGCGUUGACCCGAUUGUCCCUGAAAUCCGAAUCCAAGGCCACGUCAAUGCCACCUUCCCUUACGUGCUGAGUCACCUUGAGUAUAUCGUCGGAGAGCUUCUUCGAAACUCGGUGCAAGCAGUUAUGGACAAAUACAAAGACACAAAGAUCCCCCCACCACCUAUUGACGUUCUGAUCUGCGAGGCACCUCAGCAUGUCGUGAUCCGAAUUUCUGACCAGGGCGGGGGCAUUCCACGCGACAUCAUGUCCUACUUGUGGUCAUUCUGCAAGGGUCCAAGGAGAGCCACGCGGCUGCAGAACUUCAAAGAUGUGCCAACACUCGCCGCAACGAUGCAGGAGAUGAGAGAUUCCUCGCUCAGCACCCUUGCAUCCAGACCGCCUGGUUUGAGGCUGGGGAUGGGCUUACCCAUGAGUCGAGUUUAUGCAGAAUAUUGGGCGGGUGGUCUCGAGUUGCAUACCCUAGAAGGCUAUGGCGUUGACGCAUUCCUGCAGAUUUCAAAACUGGGAAACCAGAACGAGCAGCUUACGUCACGAGCAAGUAUCGACGGAGUCUGA